CUCCUAUCCAGAUUCAAACACAAACACAAACACACGAACAUGGAUUACAGAGACACCAUUGAAACUCAAUCUAAGUACAAAGGCAUCCGUCGUCGGAAAUGGGGAAAAUGGGUAUCGGAGAUACGAGUUCCGGGAACUCGCGACCGUCUCUGGCUAGGCUCAUUCUCAACGGCCGAAGGAGCGGCCGUAGCGCACGACGUGGCUUUCUACUGUUUGCACCAACCGAACUCGCUAGAGUCUCUCAACUUCCCUCACUUGCUUCCUCCUUCCAUCGCUUCUAAAACUUCGCCGAGGUCUAUCCAGCAAGCUGCUUCUAACGCCGGAAUGGCCGUUGACGCCGGGAUCGUUAACAGUGAUCAUCGCACGUCCGGGGAUGGAGGUGCUUUGAAUAUAUCAGUGUAUGAUUAUCUGGACGGUCACAAUCACGUUUGAUCUUCUUCUUCUUUGUUUUUAAAAAUUAAGAUACAGCUAUGGAAAGACGACACUGAUGGAGGAGCCUGGUGUAAGUAAACAGAACGUUGUGAAUAUACAUGUAUACGAUUAUGUUUUCGGUAUCGGCCCAAUUCUUGGAAACUUCGGUUGUAACGCUUUGAUUGUUUCAGACAAUAAUUAUACACGUAUUGUUGUGUUUGAUAAAA